AUGCUGGCAGCAUUUCCAAUGACUUUAACAAUGAGGACUUUUUCUUUUUCAUUACUUAUUCCCAUUCACAUUGUUACUUUGUCUGGAAACAUAAUUAUCAUUUUAACCGUCUGGAAGAGCCACCCACUCCAUACACCCAUGUAUUAUUUUUUGGUCAACCUAUCCAUCCUGGACAUAUGCUUUACUUCCACCAUUAUACCAAAGUUUCUCACUAUCUUAGCAAGUGAUAAUCGAUUGAUCUCAUUUCAGAGUUGUCUAACUCAAUGCUAUUUCUACUUUUUACUGGGUUCAGUUGAGCUACUUCUGCUUGCAGUCAUGUCUUUUGACAGGUACACAGCUGUAUGUCACCCUUUGCACUAUACAGCAGUAAUGACCCCUGAAUUCUGCCUGUGCCUGAUUCUGAGUUGUUGGCUAGCUGGAUUUGCAGAUACCAUUAUCCCAACUCUUCUAAUUACUAACAUUUAUUUUUGUGGCCCUAAUGUCAUCGAUCACUUCUUCUGUGAUGCAGAACAGCUUCUAAAGCUUGCCUGCACUGACAUCAGGACAAUUCAGAUUGUUAACCUAUGCUGCUCUUUUUUGGUUGUGUUUGGGUCUCUGAUUUUCAUAUUGAUAUCAUAUGGUUUUAUAAUAUUAGCUAUAACAAAGGCCUCCAAGGUGGGUGAAAGAUGGAAGUCUUUCUCUACAUGUGUCUCUCAUCUCCUUAUUGUAGUUAUAAUUUAUGGAAGUUCACUCUUCCUGUGUAUGAGGGGCAUUACUCUGGCAGCCAUAGACAUCAGUAAACUCUCUGGACUCAUGACUGGGAUUGUGGCACCACUUCUAAGCCCAUUCAUCUACACUCUGAAAAACAAUCAGGUAAAAGCAUCUAUAAAACACCUGGUAAUUAGGCAGUCCCUGGGAGUAUAA